AAUGUGACGGACUAGGUAUAUAAGAUACAUAACUUCCCAAGCUUCGGAGUCAAUCGGAACCUGUUCAUCACCUCCCCCAAAACCAACAUACCAACCGGACACUAUACGACAUACCUACCACGACCCCUUCAUUCUACACCAUUGUACCUACCUACAAUACCUCUAUCAUGUGGUCGUCCGUUGCAAACAAGGCUAUCAUCGCCUUUGGUACGGCUAUUAUGACCGCCACGCACGUUACGGCCGUGAACGGAGACUGUCAGAGUCAGGGGCAAGGAAAUUGCCAGCUCCAGCUCACUGCCACUGCACAGUACGAUUGGGUGCAUUGGCAACACGCAACCAUUUAUGACUAUAAGUGCGAUGUUAUCGGCGGCAAAGAUGUCAUAGUUUCCGGCACGGCUAUUUCCUCGCAACUGCCUUACCUAGUCAUCAUAGACUCCGUAAUCCACGUCCUUGGCGAUAUCAGCGAAAUCAAGUUCAGAUAUGCCGACUACACGUGGACGGGGCAGUUUCUUUGCUCGGCGGGGAGGGACAAAAUAAAUCGGGACACGUAUCUCUGUAUUCAUGCUUUCCCUUGUAAUCAAAAAUAAGGCAGUGUGGGUGAGGGGGAGACUUGGUGCUAGUUAGUGGUGACGGACGGAAGGAGGCUUGCUGUUGGGGCCGAGGUGUAUGUUCCCGGUGUUGGUCUUGGUGCGGGGGCGGGAAGCUGAGCGAUGCAGCUGAGGCAGCGAGGCAGACCAGGAGCGACCAGGGUGGACCGGGAUGGGUUCGUUGAGAUAGAAGACUACAGUCAGAUCUGCAAUUAACGAUCAAGUCAGUCAUGCCAGUUCUGAUCGUUAAUCCCAGAAUAUCGUUAAUCUGGGAUGUGGGUCAUUUUUACACGAAACAAGGCGGAGAUUACUGGGAAAACCCCGGAACAUGGUCGCAUUGUACCGAAUAACAGUUUUCUAUAUCAUUUGGCUCUAAAAUUGUUCUUAAAGUACAAAUCUAGAGUGGCCUGCUUGGUUCCUGUCUUCUCUUUCAACUGCUGUUGAACCAAGACCUUCUGUCGUUGUCUCAACACCGUCAACGCCUUCAAAU